AUUGGUUGAAAGUUGAAACUUCAAAGAUAACAGGAGACUUCCAUCUUUGCAAAACAAGACAAGAAUUGGUAAAUGACACGUAUCUAUCUCUGGGAAUAGUCCAAAAAAAACCACGUUUGAAAGUUGAAGUUGAAACUUGAAACAGAAGCCGCAACAAAGAAGUAACAGAAAAACUGAGAUCUCUUUCUUCCUCUCUUCUCUUCCAUUGUGCAACAGAAAAAAGAGAAAGCCGUUGACCCUAAGAUCUAGGAAGUAAGUGACUCACAAAAGCUUCAAUCUUUUGGUAAGUUUUCUCUCAUCCGUUUUUUGAGAUCUAUAAUUUUCUUAUUGCACAAAAUUUUGUAUUAUAGACACAGAAAAAUAUGAAUAGCGCUUAUUCUUCAAUACCCAAAAGAUCAUAUUUAGAAUUACAAUCCCACAAUGAUUCUCAAAAUCUUAGAUCUCCUCCCAUAACCCAUGUCAAUUUGGUCCCUUUUGAUGAUGAAGAAGUUGUUGGUAAUGGUUAUUUACAUUCCUCCAACGGUGUACAUAAUGAUGAUGAUUUUGAUGAAGAUCUUGGUCCUGAAUUUGAUAAUCAUCCUCUUAUUGAUACCGGGUCUAAAACUGGGUCUGGGAUUUCUGGGGCUGUCUUUAAUUUAACUACUACCAUUAUUGGGGCUGGGCUUAUGGCCUUACCGGCUGCAAUGAAGGUUCUUGGGUUGGUUUUGGGGAUUUUUGUUAUUAUCUUGAUGGGUCUGCUGUCGGAAUAUAGUGUCGAAUUGCUGGUGAAGUUUUCUGUUUUGGUUAAGGCCUCCUCGUAUGGUGAGGUUGUGCAACAUGCGUUGGGGAGACCGGCUAAAGUGCUAUCAGAGAUUUUUAUAAUUGUGAACAAUGCAGGUGUGUUGAUUGUGUAUUUGAUUAUUAUGGGGGAUGUGAUGUCGGGUUCGCUUAAUCAUAUUGGGGUUUUCGAUCAGUGGUUGGGGCAUGGGGUGUGGGAUCACAGGAAGCUGCUGAUCUUGGUUAUUGUGGUGUUGUUACUUGCACCACUUUGUGCAUUGGAGAGGAUUGAAUCAUUGAGCUUGACUUCAGCUGCUUCGGUGGCUCUUGCAGUUUUGUUUGUAGUGGUGGCUUGUGUUAUUGCAUUUAUUAAGCUUGUUGAAGGGAAAAUUGAGUCUCCAAGAAUUGGUCCAGACUUUGGGUCGAAAAAGGCUAUUCUGGAUUUACUUGUGGUGGUUCCCAUCAUGACGAAUGCUUAUGUUUGUCAUUUCAAUGUUCAGCCUAUAUAUAACGAGCUUGAGGGGCGGACUCCUCAGAAGAUGAAUCGGGUAGGUAGGAUCACAACUGUUAUUUGUAUUGUGGUCUAUGCUUUUACAUCCGUAUCAGGGUAUUUAUUAUUUGGGCAGGGUACAGAAUCUGAUGUGCUGACCAAUUUUGAUAAGAACCUUGGGAUUCGUUUCAGUUCAGAAUUGAACUAUAUUGUCCGGGUUGGAUACAUUUUUCAUUUGGUUCUUGUUUUCCCAGUGGUUCAUUUUUCGCUACGUCAAACAAUGGAUGCCUUGUUGUUUGAGGGGUCGGCUCCACUUUUAGAGAGUAGGAAGAGGUCUUUAGGGUUAACAGCAGUUUUGUUGGUACUUAUAUAUUUUGGGUCCACUAUGAUUCCCAAUAUUUGGACAGCUUUCAAGGUUACGGGGGCAACAACAGCGGUGUCAUUGGGUUUUAUAUUCCCAUCUCUUAUAGCAUUAAGGUUAGGUCAGCAAAGGGGUUGUUUGAGCUUUGGGGAAAAGUUCUUGUCCAGGUUGAUGUUAGUACUUGCCAUAUUAGUUGGCGUUUUUGGAAUGAUCGGCAAUAUAUAUAGCAUCGAAAGCCAAUCCGAAUGAUCCUUUCGUAAUGAUUUGAGGGUUGGUUUUUCUGGGUAUUGAUUUGGAAAUUUUAUGCAGAUUAAUGGACAAAGAGUCUCUGUUUAAGGUUUAUUUCUUGCCCAAUUUGAAAAAUCUAAUGAAAUUGGGCAAUGAUGGAUCUUAAACACAAUGCUUCAGUAUGUGGUGAUUGAAAGAUCAGAGGAGUCCACUUAUGUUCAGAUAGAAUGUUCUUUUAUGCUUCAGAAGAACUGUGACAAGCUAAGCUGACUUUUCAGAAAUGUUUUAGAGGAGAGUACAUUGAUAUAUGCACCACAUGCAGGUUGUACUGUAUUUUCAAAUUGAUUUAUGUCAAAAUAUUCUUAGUCCCACAUUUAUUUUCUUAACAGGGGAUGCUGUUGUAAGUUGUAACUGUAUAAUUCAGAAAUAAUACUGCUGUUUAAAUGAA